UUUCCAGUCAGUCUACUCAUAGCUAUAUUAGCAGAAGCGUCCGGUGAAACCGACAGAAGCAGACAUCACGGCACGAGAUCAUCUUAAAGAAUAACUACAAGACACGCUUUUGAACUGCAUUCAUCGAUUUGACUGAAGAACACUUGGAUCUACAUCACUACGUUUUGCACUUCUUCACUUCACUGCACGCCUUUCUUCUCUUAUUGAAAAGUCACCAUGUCUCAGCAGCAGAUCAGCCUCCCAGCCAAACUCAUUAAUGGAGGUAUUGCUGGCAUUGUUGGGGUUACUUGUGUCUUCCCCAUUGACUUGGCAAAGACCAGGUUGCAGAAUCAGAGACAAGGUCAGCAGGUCUACAAGAGCAUGAUGGACUGCCUUGUCAAGACAGUUCGAUCAGAGGGUUACUUUGGAAUGUACAGAGGUGCUGCUGUAAAUUUGACCCUGGUCACCCCUGAGAAGGCAAUCAAGCUGGCUGCUAAUGACCUCUUAAGGCAUCACCUCGCCAAGGAUGGAAAGGGGCUGACAGUGUUCAAAGAGAUGCUGGCAGGUUGUGGUGCAGGCAUGUGCCAAGUCAUUGUCACCACCCCGAUGGAAAUGCUCAAGAUACAGCUACAGGAUGCAGGCAGAGUCGCGGCCCAGCAGCAAAAACCAGUCAUGAUGUCGCCCACCAAGCUAGUGGCCACCAACACCAUGCUCAGCCGCUCCUACAACUCUGGCACGGCGGUCUCAGCACCACGGGCUGUAUCUGCCACACAGAUCGCAAAGGAGCUCGUCUACACGCAGGGCAUCCAGGGGCUCUACAAAGGCCUGGGGGCAACACUGAUGAGGGACGUUCCCUUUUCUAUUGUCUACUUCCCGUUGUUUGCCAACCUGAACCGCCUGGGCAAGCCUGGUCCCGAGGAGUCGUCCCCCUUCUAUUGGGCUUUCCUCUCAGGCUGUGUGGCAGGAUCUACUGCUGCUGUUGCUGUUAACCCUUGUGAUGUGGUGAAGACGAGACUGCAGUCACUGAACAGAGGAUCCAGUGAGGAGGCCUAUAAUGGAGUUGUGGAUUGUGUGAGUAAAAUAAUGCGGAAGGAGGGACCCUCUGCCUUCCUGAAGGGUGCUGGCUGUCGGGCUCUGGUCAUCGCUCCUCUGUUCGGCAUUGCACAGGUUAUGUACUUUGUUGGCAUUGGUGAAUACAUCCUGGACAACUCACCUCUAAGCCUCCUGUCGGCAUGAGCACGUCAACUUGCUGGCUAUGCAUAAGACCCUCCGAGCGUAUGGUGGAACAACUGGCAGCUACGUAAUAUCGCUUUACAAGUCUUGUAUGACUGAGUCAGAAGGCUUCAGGGUGUAAAGACCCAGGAUUUCAUUUUCUGUAGGGUCUGACAGCUGUGUUGCACUUGAACACUUUUGUGACUUAUUCAGUAGGCCAUGGCCAACGUUUGCACUUGAAGCUGUUAGCCUUACUGGACUGAGGGACUCAAGAGUUGCAGUGUUAUUUUGUCUUUGUCCCUAAGACAGUCCUGUUCUGUUUCCCUCUGUGAGGGAGGGGAGCUCACUCCAUCGAAGAGAAAGACCUAUUUCUUUUGUUUUCUUCCAUGCUAUCACUUUUCAUAAUAUUUUGUAUGUGUAUGCUACUUAUUUUAUAUUGCUGAAAUGCAGCAGCUUGCAGUACUUUGUAUGUUUUUCCUCCUUCUCUGUUGAUGUUUCAUGUUAUAAAUCCUUCAAAGUUGGAACAAAUGGGGGACACAUUGGGGCCCAAUUUAUUGCAAAGGGAUCUUUUUUUGCCUACAUUUCAGCAAUAACUGAGUGUACGUGUUUCAUUUGACUGAUCAUGAACCUUCCUAGUGGCAUGGGACCAUAAACUUGCCAAACCAUAGGCAGUGUCCUGUUAUAUACUUGAUAUUAUCCUGACAGUUGUUUAGUAGUCUGUGAACAGCAGUCGUUGUGUUCUAAUAUCUGCAAAUAACUUGAAAUGCAUUCAUUCACAAUAUAUAUGUAUGUGUUUGUCCACAUAACCUCAGUUUAUACAUUGACAUCAUGCAUACAUACUACUUCACUGACUAAUAUGUUUGGUUUAUGCCUUAACAGAGCAGAUUAACAUCUCUCUGAAGAAACGAGGCUCCUGGCCAGAAAAAAAAACAUUACUGUGAACAUGUGAAAGAUGACUGUUACCAUAUUCUGUUUUUUUGAUGGCUUUUUUGUACAUACAGAUAUAUGCAUUAAACAUGUGUAACACCUUCA